AUGGAAGAAUCGAGAGGGAGCUUUCAUUUCAGGUUUUCUGAUCACCUGAGGGAGUCGCAGAACCUCACAGUGGUGACCAAAUUCAUUCUGCUCGGCAUCACAGAUCGUCCUGAGCUGCAGGCUCCACUGUUCAUACUGUUUCUUGUGAUCUACCUGACCUCACUGGUGGGCAACCUGGGCAUGAUCGUCCUCACCCAGCUGGACCCCCGGCUGCAGACCCCCAUGUACUUUUUCCUGAGACACCUGGCUGUCACUGAUCUUGGCUAUUCCACAGCUGUGGGACCCAAAAUGCUGGUAAAUUUUGUUGAAGAUGAAAAUAUAAUUUCACAUUAUUGUUGUGCUACACAGCUGGCUUUCUUUCUUUUGUUUAUUGCUUGUGAGCUUUUCAUCCUGUCUGCCAUGUCCUAUGACCGCUAUGUGGCCAUCUGCAGCCCUCUGCUGUAUACUGUCAUCAUGUCCCCAAGACUUUGUUGGGUACUGGUGAUGAUACCCUAUCUCUACUGCACGUUCGUGUCUCUUCUGGUGACCAAGAAAAUUUUCACUUUGUCCUUCUGUGGGAAGAAUAUCAUUAGACAUUUCUACUGUGACAGUCUCCCCUUAUUAUCUUUAGUUUGCUCAGACACACAUGAAGUUGAAGUGAUGAUGUUAAUCUUAUCAGCUUUUAACUUGAUUUCCUCUCUUCUGGUGGUCCUCAUGUCCUACCUGCUCAUCCUCACAUCCAUUCUCAGGAUGAAGUCUGCAGAGGGCAGGCAUAAGGCUUUCUCCACUUGUGGGUCCCACCUGACCGUGGUCACCGUGUUCUACGGGACUUUGAUAUUUAUGUAUGUGCAGCCUAGGACGGGUCACUCCUUUGACACUGACAAAGUGGCCUCCAUAUUUUAUACCCUGGUCAUCCCUAUGCUGAAUCCCUUAAUCUACAGCUUGAGAAACAAAGACGUAAAACAUGCUCUUCAAAAAGCACGGGAAAAACUAUGCAGUAUCUUUCCCUAA